AUGUCUAUUAGCUGGGGAGCACAGUAUCCAAAGUUAAAAACCAAUCUGCGAUUGGGAAUCAAUCGAUUGCAGCUUCUCGGAAAAAAGAAGACAGAAAUGGCGAUGAAAGCGAGAACAGAGAUUGCUGAUUAUAUUGCUGCUAACAAACCGGAUCGUGCUCGAAUCCGCGUCGAGCACAUUAUUCGAGAAGACUAUGUCGUCGAAGCUUUCGAAAUACUUGAAAUGUACUGUGAUCUACUUCUCGCUCGUUUUGGCCUCAUCGAACAAAUGAAAACACUAGACGAUGGAAUUGCGGAAGCAGUCAUCAGCAUCAUGUGGGCAGCACCUCGUCUUGCUACGGAUAUCGCUGAAUUCAAAACUAUUAGCGAUCAACUGACGAUAAAAUACGGAAAACCAUUCGCCGAGGCCGCUCGUGCCAACCAACUCGAAUUCCCAGCAAGAGUUAACCCAAAAAUCAUAUCGAAACUCGGCGCAGCUGCUCCACCCAAGCUUCUCGUGGAGAGAUACAUGAUUGAGAUCGCUGCCGCUGCUGGAGUUCCGUUUGUUCCUGAUCCGGAUGUGAUGAGAGAAGAUGAGGUGCAUCAGGCUGAGCAGAUACUGAUUGAUUUUAAGAAUGCUGGAGGAAAUCCAGGUGGACCUCCACCACCUCCAAGUAAUCCAUAUGGAGGAUCAGGAAACGACAAUGGUGGCUCCGGAGGAGGUAGCGGCUAUGGCUGGAAUCUCGAGAGCCCUCCACCGGCAAUUGGAGGCGGAGUUUUACCUGGAGCACAGACCGGAGGAGGCGUUCAAUCAAAUUCCAACUUUGUUAUUCCGCCGCCACCGAAUCGUCACCCAAAUGAGCUGCCACAAGGUGGAAACAUUUACAAGGUUCCGAGCCGUGAUCAUUACGAUUAUCCUCCAGAUACAUUCAAUUCAGAGCCACCAAAAAGCAACCCAACCGUUGGCGUAAUCAAUCUCCCAAAGAUAGGACCGAAUGGAAUGCCCAUCUAUCCAGGACAGCAACCACCAAAAGGACCUGGCGGUGGAGGUGGCGGACAAGCGUAUCCGGCUCUUUCGCAACGUAACUCGCUCGUCAACCCAAACCUUCCACCAAAUCACCCGACUGCACCACCCCAAUCGCUUCGCAAGCCAGAAGCUGACGAUUUUUCGGAUCUCUCAUUCCCUGAACCACCAACUACAUUUGUCAACCGAUCAGGAGGAGGAGGAGGAUCCGGUGGAAGUGGUGGAAAUGGAAGCGGCGGCGGCGGCGGUGGUGGUGGAAUGGACGAUUUCGACGAUUUAGCUCGCCGUUUUGAAGAACUCAAAAAGAUUAAAUAA